AGCUCAGUGAGCAUUUCUCCCAGAUCUGUUACUUCUUAUCAUGGUAUCAGAGCCUGAUUGCUCUCAACCACUCUAGGGUUUCGUCCCCAUUCUUCUCAUCUCUUUACCCUCAAAUUUUCUGAAAACAAACUAAAGGAAUCAUGGCUGAAGGAGCAGAUUCAACAGCUGGGAAAUCUAUCCAGAGCUCAGCAAGUUCAUCCUACGAAGAUCCUUACCUCAAUCCCUACUAUCUCCCGCCUCAAGAUGGUGCGCUGUCCACCAUAAUCUCUGUGAAACUCGUCGAUGGGAACUAUCACACAUGGAGUCAAGUGAUGCUCGUUGCCUUAGCCACCAAGAACAAGGUAGCUUUCAUCGAUGGAACCAUACCAGUACCCAAGGUAACAGAACCCUCUUAUCAGUUAUGGUUGCGCUGUAAUGGUACUAUUCGCUGCUGGAUUUACAAUUCCUUAGCUGAGGAUAUAGCGAAUAGUGUCAUGGGUUUGGAGAGUGCUCAGGCUGUUUGGGAAAAUCUGAAGAACAUGUUUAGCCAGGAGGACAAUAUUAGGGUUUAUGAUUUGAAGGGUCAAUUGGCCAAAUGUGUUCAAGGAGAACAGUCUAUAAGUCAGUACUUCACCAACAUUACUGUGUUGUGGGAGGAGUUGAAGAGAUAUCGUCCAAUACCUUGCUGCCCUUGCAAUACCCCAUAUGAAACUAUGAAAAAGUAUGAGGAUAAUGAUUUUGUCAUUAAGUUUAUGCAAGGAUUGAAUGAAAGUUAUCAAUCUGCCAAGACCCAAGUGCUCAUGAACUCAACGUUGCCAUCAAUUGAUGUUGUUUUCAAGCAAUUCUUGCAACUGGAAAGACAGAUGAAGAGUGCUCCUAAGUCUAGUGGAGUUGAUUCAGUUGCAUUGGCAGUUGGUUCACCACAGAAUGCCAAACACAAUGACAGAGACUAUAAGGAUGGCAAGAAAUUCUGUAGGUAUUGUAAGAAGGAUAAUCACAUCAUUAGUGAAUGCUACAGACUGAAAAACAAGAAAACAAGGGAAUCUGGUGGCUCAAGCUUUGCUGGCUCAGUUGAAACAGGAUCUGAAUCUGACUCAGGGAUUCUUGGAGCAGCAUCUGUGCAACAGGAUGCACAAAACAGAAACAAUUCCAUUGGCCUAGCCAGUCUUCAACUGAGCAAUUAUCAAAUGGAUAAAUUGAGGAUCCUGCUGCUUGGCUCACCACAAACAUCUCCUUCUCCACCAACAUCACCAUCUGUCAGACAUGUGGCAAAUGCAGCAGUGACCACUCAGUCUCAAACUGGCCAGCAUCAAUCAGGAGCCACUCAAUACCACCCUGUUUAUCUUCCCUCGAGUUCAGGUACCACAGUCCUCUCAACUCUCUUAUCUAGGACAGUGGAACCACCAUGGGUUUUAGACACAUGUGCUACAGAUCACAUAAUUUGUGAUCUGAAGUAUUUCUUAAAAUGCAAGUCAUUACAGGGAGUCUUUGUCAAUUUACCAAAUGGUAACAAGGUCCAGGCCACACACAUAGGCAUAGUUAGACUUCCCUGUUGACUAUUUCUUUCUCAAGUCCUAUUUGUUCCAAGUUUCAGUUACAAUCUUGUUUCUGUCAGUAAACUCACCAAAACCAACCCAAUCUCACUUCUUUUUAAAUCAUCUUUCUGUGUCAUCCAGGACCUUAUUACACAGAGGAGGAUUGGUUUAGCCCAAGUGGAUAAAGGACUAUACCUAUU